AUGUCCCUCCAGUCUCUUCCCCAAGAGCUGCUCGACAACGUCUCUCAGUUCCUCCAUCCCCAAGACCUUGCACGUUUACUAAGAACUUGUUCCCAGUGUCUAUACCCAGCACACCGGGCUCUAUACCGCCACCUCUCCAUCUCCUCAGCCUCUCAUAACCUGACCGCUCUUGUCACCAUCGUCAAAAAGCCUCACCUAGCUCGCCAUGUCAAGUCUUUUUCCAUCGAGUUGGACUCUGGAGCCACUGUUCUACGGUCUUAUUACCGGAGCCUCUCCUUUGCGUUGGGACUCAUGACCGGCUUGGGCUCAUUGCGCCUCGCUAUUGAUCCAGAUUCAAGCUGGGUUCUAGCUGGCGUUCACCCAGCAUCCUUAACGCGUUUCUCCUCUUCAUUUCCACUCGACCACCACGUUACAGAGUUUCUUCAAGGCACUCCUGCACUUAUCGAACUCGAAUUGGAUUCUCCUCAUGUCUUCCACACCUACCCAUUCUCUUCUUCCCUCCAAAUACUCCCGAAUCUCGAACAGUUCAGUGGCUCAUGCGAAGCUGCCGAGGCAAUUGUACCUGGUCGGCCAGUCCAUAGUGUCCAGCUCAGCACCGGAGAUGUCGACGAAAACGUGGUAGACCAGCUGGCGUUGUCCUCCACCAACAUAGUUAUUUUAAUGGCCACGAGCUCCUUGCCAGCCCCGCGAUUGCUCCGUCUGCUCUCCCGUCGUAUGCAACAUCUUGUGUACUUGCGUAUGAUGACAACGUACACUCUCAACGAUGUUCCUAAUGGAGAUGUUAACUUUUAUGAGUCAGUAGGCGAGGCAUUGUCAGAUUUGCCUGACUUGCAAGCCUUUGAGCUUUGCGGAAUGCACUGGGGCUCUCUCAAGAAACAUGAAAAAGACGACCACGAAAAACCCGUUUGGCAGGCUCAACCCUUGAACGUUUCAGAGUUCAGUGUUGAUGAGAGCUUUGACACCGAAAUUUAUUCGGACCUUUUUCUUGGAUUGUAG